GCUGUUUUAACUGAUCUGGCAGCACGGUAAGAGCUGUAAAUAAUAAUUGUUUACAAAAGUAUUUGAUUAGCUAUAUGAUGGCUGAUUUGGUGAGCGGGGAAGCCUCUGAAUCUGAUGAGGAACUGCAGGACAAGAAUAAGAUUUUUGCUGCAGAAGUUUCGGGCGAAGCAUCCGAAGAAGAGGAUGAUGAAGACAUUUACGAGCAACGUCGAAGCAGCAACCAGGUCAACAGCACGGCCUCCAUUUACCGGAAUAAUCUGCUCCAGCGGAAGCUAAUUGAAAACAACAUUGCCAUUUGGAGAUCUCUUACCGCUUUCACACGCAGCUUUGUGUUGAAUGCCUCAAAGCAGCUCGUAACCACUGAUCAAAUGCUCAUCAAGUCCCAGCUUAGUCUUCAGUCGGCCCACACAUCUCUCCAGCUGGCCCAGAAGAACGCGCAGGACCUGCAAACCAGGGUGGCUGCCGUGAUUACCAGCAACUUCCUCCCGCACAUAAACAUUCAUAAGGCAACCUGACAUAGACAUAUGCUGUAUUUGCUGAUAAACGAUCAAAUCUAGGCUAA